UGAAGAUCAAACUAUCUUUGUCAUGUUUACUUCUAGUCCCAUGUGAUAUGAGCAACAGCUAAAUUAACAGCAGGAGGAAAUUGCGAUUUCAUUAUAUAGUACAUAAAGAGAAAAGAGAGAAAAUCUGCAAAGUACAUUUUGUGAAGAAAAUGGAGGCAGGAAUGGCAGUUAAAGUGCUGAAAAGCCAAAGGGUGGUUUUAGGACAGGAAAUCUGUUCUGCAAGUAUUGUCCUGAAGGACGGAAAAAUUCAAGAUAUAGUGAAAGAUUCGGACAAAAACAAAUUACAUCUGGGUCAGGCUAUGGAUUUUGGAGAUCUUGUGAUUAUGCCAGGAGUGAUAGACAGCCAUGUUCAUGUCAAUGAGCCGGGGCGCACUGAUUGGGAAGGCUACUGGACAGCCACACGUUCCGCAGCUGCUGGCGGGAUUACCACUAUUGUGGACAUGCCUCUUAAUAGUAUCCCACCAACUACCUCUCUGCGCCACUUACAGACCAAACUGCAAGCAGCUGAGGGACAGUGCUUUGUAAAUACUGCUUUCUGGGGCGGAGUUAUUCCUGGAAAUGAGCAAGAACUUCGUCCCAUGAUCUCUGCUGGUGUUCCUGGAUUUAAAUGCUUCAUGAUACACAGUGGUGUUGAUGAAUUUCCUCAUGUGACUGAAAAGGAUCUGCACAAAGCCAUGGCGGAGUUGCAAGGAACUGGAAGUGUUAUGCUAUUCCAUGCGGAGUUGGAGCUUGAAGAUCUAAAACAGACUGGGAAGAGCAAAGCAGAUCCUUGUGAAUAUUCCACCUUUUUGGAUUCUAGGCCAGAAAACAUGGAAGUGGAAGCUGUUCAGCAGGUCUGCCAGCUCUGUCUACGAUACCAGGUCCGAUGUCAUAUUGUUCACCUGUCUUCUGCAAAGGCACUGAGCAUCACAGAUGCAGCCCGCAAAGCGGGAGCUCCUUUAACUGUGGAAACAACUCACCAUUAUCUGAACUUGGCUGCUGAACACAUUCCCCGAAGUGCAACUCACUUUAAGUGCUGCCCACCAAUCCGUAGUCAAGUAAACCAGGAGAAACUGUGGCAUGCACUAAAGGAAGCCCGUAUUGACAUGGUUGUUUCUGACCAUUCGCCCUGCACUGUUGGUAUGAAGAAACUAGGCACAGGCAAUUUCUUGGAAGCAUGGGGUGGAAUUGCAUCCCUUCAGUUUGGACUUCCUUUGUUCUGGACCUCAGCGAAGAAGAGGGGAUUUUCUCUUCAGGAUGUAGUGAUGCUGUUAUGCCAGAAGCCUGCUGAGCUCUCUUCUCUUGCCAGCAGGAAGGCGUCUCUUCUACCUGGCUACGAUGCUGAUAUUGUCAUUUGGGACCCAGACAAGGAGUAUGAAAUAACUGAAGAAUGUGUUCAUCAUAAGAACAAGCUCACCCCAUAUCUCGGCUGUAAACUGCAUGGAGAAGUGAUAGCAACCAUCGUGGCAGGAAAAAUUACAUAUAUCAAAGGACAGUUUGCACCUGAACCACCUGGACAGCUUCUCUUUGUGAAAUGAUUUAAAUUUUUAUUUGGUAACAUAGUAAACAUCAUCUGAUGCAAGAUUAAUUAAAAUAGUUAUUAUUUUUUUCUUUAACUAGCUUUUUAGUCCAAUAUUAGGAAGUCAUGUUAAUUCUUCACUUGGUUGUUAAUAUAUUCACUCAAGCACAUUUUAAGCAUGCCUUUGAAAGAACAUGUCCCCAGAUUGUUGGUAGAGUUAUAAUCAAUUUGAUUUGUCUUUCUGUACUUUUAGCCAUCUUUAAUGUACUUCCUAUGUAUGUCCAUUACAGAGUAAAAUGUACUUUUAAAAUAGUUGUGAAUGGCACCAAGUCAGUAUCUCACUAACUACUAUUUCUAACCACUGUUGCCCAGGGGUGCCAGUCCAUUUGCUGUGUAUGUAAGGGCUGUUAUAAAAUUUAAUGCAGUGACUUGCUGACUGCGCAAAUAUUAAAAAAAAAAAAUGAUAAAAAAUAAAAUGCAUAUAUUUUACUUUCAAA